AUGUCGGUCACGACACAAUUUGCCUUUCGGACUCUCAAGGGCAUCGGAGUGGUCAACGGCGCACCUCACUACGAAGCACUUUCUGGGUUUCAGCGACCAGAAGGCAAUCUCCGUUGUUGUGCCUACUCGCCAUGUGGUAGGUACUUUGCAUGGGCCUCCCCCGAGAAAGUGAACAUCAUCAACGCCGACACCGGUGCAAUUAUCUCUACCCUGCCUGCGGAAAACGUCUUUGAACUCGGCUUCUCGCCCUUGGGCACUUACAUCAUCACCUGGCAGCGGCCUUCCAAGGAUGAAAACGGCGAUGCUGUCAAGAAUUUGAAGGUGUGGCUAGUCAUUGAUGAAAAGGCAUUGGCGGAAGGGGUAGAGAAGGAGUCGAUUGCUCGAUUCGUCCAAAAGUCCCAGACUGGGUGGAACCUGCAGUAUACCCAGGACGAGGAGUUCUGCGCGAGAGUGGUCACCAACGAGGUGCAAAUCUACCAAAGCCAUGACCUCACAACAGUCUGGAACAAGAUCCGUGUUGAAGGCGUGGCAGACUUCGCCGUCUCGCCGGGCAAGAGCCAUACCAUCGCUGUCUUCGUGCCAGAACGAAAGGGACAACCGGCAGCUGUUCGUGUCUACAAGGUGCCCAACUUCACCGCCCCAGUGUCUCAGAAGAACUUUUUCAAGGGCGACAAGGUUCAACUGAAAUGGAACGAUAAUGGCACUUCUCUGAUUGUGCUGGCACAAACAGAGGUCGACAAGACUGGAAAGAGUUACUACGGAGAGACCACCCUAUACUUGCUGAGCGCUAAUGGAGGUUUCGAUUCGAGGAUCGAUUUGGACAAAGAGGGCCCAAUUCACGACGUCUCGUGGUCGCCCAAGUCCAACAGUUUCGCCGUGGUCUACGGAUACAUGCCCGCGAAGACGGUCAUCUUCAACGCCAAAGCCCAGGCUGUACACACUUUCCCACUUGGGCCCCGAAAUACCGUGCUAUUCUCGCCCCACGGCCGUUUUGUGCUUGUGGCUGGCUUUGGAAAUCUUGCCGGACAGAUGGACAUCUACGAUCUGGAGAAGGAUAUGACCAAGAUUUGCACCAUCGAGGCUAGUAACGCGAGUGUGUGUGAGUGGUCACCCGACGGCGUGCACAUUCUCACGGCAACCACGUCACCUCGUCUCCGUGUCGAUAACGGUAUUCGAAUCUGGCAUGCUGGCGGCAAUCUGAUGUACAAUGAGGAUAUGAGCGAACUGUAUCAUGUUUGUUGGCGCCCUCAGUCCGCAGAAUUGCACCCUCUCAGCAAUAAUCCUUUCUCGCCCAUGCCUGUUCCCCACAGCAGCGCCACGCAGUACAUGGCAGCGAGGAAGACGCCUAGUAAACCGGCCGGUGCAUACCGACCCCCUGGUGCUCGAGGCCAAGUAACGCCUCUCGCUUUUCGACGAGAAGACGAGGGAGGCGCAGCCUAUGUCCGCGAGGGCAUUUCAUCAUUCUCGAGUAGCAUCAACGGCUUCGGCAAGUCUCGCACACGCGUUGUCCCAGGUGCUGAACCAGUCGAAGAUCAAGGACCCCUUCCUCCUGGCGCUGCACCUGGUGGCGGUGUGAGCUUGACCGGUACCGGAGAAGGAGCUGAUGGAGAGCCCUUGUCUAAGGCCGCAAAGAAAAAUGCCAAGAAACGAGAGGCAAAGAAGACUGCCGCUGCCGCCGCACGUGAGCAAGGCACUAUUAACAAUAGUCUUACCCCCGAGCAACAUGCGAGCAGAGGAAAGAGUCCCAGUCGAAGUCCGGAUGGGCAUGGCCACCAGCGCAGCCGAAGCAGGAACUAUGUGCCUGCUCCUGGGUUGGAGCCACCCCCUGGGCCAAAGAAGGAACGCAGUCGAAGCAACAGCAGGCGUCAGCGCGGAGAUACCACCGGUUCUUCACACAGUCGUCCGCACGCGAACGGCACUGCCAAGGGUCCUGGACAUGGAGCGACCCCAAACCAGAAGUCCAGAAACGGCAACCCAUUGGCGUCCAUUGACACGUCUGCACAGAUUCCACCCCCUCCACCGAUUCCACAAGGAGAAGCUCCUCCCGAUCUGGAAGUCACAAGCCCAACCACUCCGGGUGGAAAUCCGCAAGACAAGAAGAUCCGAGGGCUCUUGAAGAAGAUUCGAGCCAUUGAGGAUCUCAAGAUGAGAUUUGCUGGUGGGGAGAAGCUCGAGGAUACGCAAAUCCGCAAGAUUUCAAGCGAAGACUCGGUCAGGAAGGAAUUGUCCGCAUUGGGAUACACUGGUUGA